GGGGUUCUUCAAACUGGGGUCGAAGUGGGGGCAGAGGAAGAGGUUGGAGCUAUCGUGGUUAAGUUUGCUUCAUUUAUAGCAUAUACAACAAAUGAUUGGUCACUUCGAUGAAUUUUCUAUUUUAGAGUUUGGGCUGUGGAGAGUGUUUAUCUCAGUGCAGGUGGAUAUGAAAGGGGUAGAGGUGGAGGAGGCAGAGGCUAUGGCCAUAGCCGUGGAAGGAUGGGUGGCCGGUCAAGGGGUGGUGGCUACUGAAGCAUAAUCAAGGAUAUGGUGUUGCUUCCUCCUUUUUUCCCUUUAGGUAAAUGCUUGCCUUGGCCAGUUGGGAAAAUUAUCAGAAUAUUUUUUUUAGUAGAAUGAAACUAUGGGUUAUGU